AUGAAGGGCGACAAGGAGUUUGCGGGCACGCUAUUGGGCUUUGACGACUAUGUCAACAUGGUGUUGGAAGAUGUUACUGAAUUUGACUACAACGGAAACCAGACGAAACUGCCGAAGAUCCUGCUGAACGGCAACAAUAUCUGCAUGCUCAUUCCUGGCGGGGAGGGCCCCUCUGCAUGA